AUGCCCGCGGAGUCGACCGUCCUGAGGGAUCACUACUAUCGCUUAGCCUCAGAGGUACCGCAAGAACGUAUAAGUGCUGCCUCUGGCUUGAUAUCGGAACUCACAAAAGCCAAUGAUGAAGGUGAAUGGAAGUAUGCAUUGGACCGUCUUAUAAAAGGUUUAUCCACAACCAGACAAAACGCACGUUUUGGCUUUUCAAUGGCGCUAGCUGAGCUCUUGAGGGAGCUUAUUCAAUCAAAAUCGACAAUUAUAACUACUUCAAGUUUCUACGACAGAAUCGUCGAUGCAACUCAAGUAAAGUCUUCGAUGAAGGGUAAAGAAGAACGUGCAAUUCUUUUCGGAAGACUUUUUGGUCUUCAGGCCCUUCUCAACUCGGGCUCUAUUACCGAUGAGAAUGCUGUCGUUGAAGAACAGCAAACAUUUGUUACUCUUUUAAUGGAAUUGGCGACUAAAAAACCAUGGUUACGUGAGACUGCUAUAUUUACCCUCUGUUCAUUUAUCAAACAGUUGCUGGUGUCUCACCAGCUAGGAGCCCAAGUAGUACGCUAUAUCUUCCGCCAAUUGACGGAUUUGGGGCUUACUCUUACUUCUGAGGGUAUUGCAGUCUACUUAUCCAUUCCCACAGACCUUCGCUCAGUUUCUCAAGAAAUUACCAAUUCUUCGACUUGGAAAAACGGCGAUCCAUUGACCAAGGGAAACUUACCUGUGUUAGCAAGGACCUUAAAAGAAGUGGGAGACCCCUCUACUGACAAUAGUGACGAGAAUAAGGGCCAGCAAAAAGUCCAGCAGAAGAGCAGUUGGACCCAGCGGUUACCUUUCGUGUGGGAUUUGGUUUUACACAACCUCAUAGAGCUGACUUUGGAAACCGAAACUCUUGGCAAUGAUAAAAAGCGAUCGAGAACCUCUUCCAAGUCUUCUAAGAAGCGCAAAGUCGAUGAACACACGAGCACUCUGACGAACCGCAUUACCUUGAAUGAAUUUUGGACAGUUGUCGUUGAUGAAGCCUUUUUCUCUGAUAAGUCUUCGCCUGAAAGAAAGUACUGGGGCUUCGAAAUCUUCUGUAAAUUUGUGGCUGGUGUCAAUGCCGAGCAGUUACCCACCUUAUUCUCACCCAACUUCAUGCGAUGCUUGAUAAAUCAGUCGGCUCACUCCAACAGAUUAUUGCAUAAAAUGGCGAGCCGUCUGCUUGACCAUAUUACUGAUGUGUCAAAAGAUUUGUUCAAAGCUCCUUCGAUUUUAUCUUCGCUUUUAAACGAGUCAAUGGGAGGUUGUUGGAACUUUGACUUGGUUACCAAAACUAAAACCGUUGACUCGAUAAUCACCUCAAUUUCAACAAACAGCGAUGCUCAGGCAGUAAGUCAUUUUGCAUCGGAGGUAAGAAUUAUAUUGAAUGCCCAAUUUGAAGACGCCGUGCAAACUCAAGAACCCGAGUUGCUUAAGCGUUCCGAAAGCAAGCAAAAGUGGGUCUUGGAUAAAUACUUGCUUCUCAUAAGAAGUACAAAACAAACAAUUGCUUCUCACCAACAAUUUGCAGAAGACAUUCUCAAACAACUUGUGAAGAAUGCUUUUUUCGAAAAAGAAGGAAAGACAACCACUAGCGAUGCCGUUCAUAAAACAUGCCAAGAAAGAGUAAACUCCAUCCUUGCUGAGUUGAUCAGUGUUCCUCGCAAAAAAGGUAGUUGGCCUCUCUUAUGUGUGGAAUACAUACGCAAACUUCAAGGAUCCAACAACUACCAAAUCUUAUCCGAACUUGAAGGUGAACUUGCAACGGUCGCUGAUUCGUGCUAUGAGAAGAUCAAGGAAGUUAAUCAACUUGAAAAGAGUGCACAAAACUCAUGUCUCGAGCUCAUGUUCUCCAUGGUUUACAUUCAAUUGUACAUGGGCGAUACAGAGGCAGUUUCCACAUUCGAGGAUUUGAUUGUGUGCUAUGAAAAGAUGCAAAGCUCCAGCGGAGACUCGUCUUCAGCCAUAAUAUUGACUGAAAUUGUACUUUCAUUCGUUUCCAGAAGGUCUUCCUUACUUAAAAAGCUCUCAAUGAUGAUCUGGGAUACGUUCCUCUGUACUCCUGAUGAAAAUGGUAAAAUACUAGCAGACUCCUCAAGUAUGAAGCUCUUGUAUGAUAUCCUUACAGCUAAGUAA